AGUACGUAUAUAACAAGAAUCGAAUUGGACUGAUCUUAUAUUACUUCCCUGCAUUUUCACCAACGCAAAAUCGGUUUUCUGCGAUGACCGCCCAAAUCAUGGAUUGGGCAUCGAUUGAAGAGUCGAACCGAGCUACACUCAAAAGUCAAAUCCCCAGGGUCCGUGGGGGCAAGAAAGAAUAUGGCCUUCUGACCGCAACCCUUGAGACAAUGUUGGAAAUAAAAGAAAUUGCAACCCAAGAGGAAUUAGAAGUUCCUGGCGUGACAUUAAUGACUAGGCAGUAUCUUCGCGCCAUUAAACAAGGAAACGACCUGAAGAGUGGAAGCUGGUGGAAGAAAAUCCGGAACAUGAGGGAUUGGGAUGACGACCGAGAAUUGUUCAGAGGAACAUGCCAGAGAGUCUGGAACCUUGCUAAUCAGACGUCCCUCGAUCUCGCUAAAAAGACAGAGAAAGCAGCCUCACGAGCUCCUAUCAAGCGGCGCAUCUCUCUCGAAACAAUUUACGAGCAUGGCAGGCGACAUAAUCAACUCGAGGAUACUGCGGCAGCGUCUACUGCUGCUAACAACGAACCAGCUGCACAAAAAGCCGAACCGUCGGCCACGACAAGCGAAAAGAUUCAUAUGUUCCAAGAAGAGACUAUACGACAUGUCGCUGACGCGACCGCUGCAAAAAUAUUCGAGCUGCUCCUACAUCGGCAUAGCAAGGGGAACGUCCACAUUAAUAAUUAUGAUUUUCAAGGAUGUGUCAUUGGUGCCAGUGGAAGGACGGCACCAACGGUAAAUUACGGCGGAAAGAACAACAAAGGAGCAGGCUAG